AUGGGCGACAGCACGCUGGCUCCGCUGUUGGCGAAAGCCCUCGAGCAGCGGCUUAUUGACGGCGACCAACUUUCCAAUUUCGGCGAGCUCGAAUAUGCUGCGGUGGCGAAAUUGCUGAAGGUUGGCGAGGAGACUCUCGCGCCUGCAGUCCGAGAAGUGAAGCUUCAAGAGCUAUCAGGAAACGAUCUGCUCGACCUCCCGUUCUCUAAAUAUUCGGACACACUCGGCCUCAAGACCCUCCCGCAACGACGCCUCCUUCAACAGCUGCUUGCGGCUGUCCGUGCGUGGAACCCGUCUUCAGCGUCUGCUCCUGCGUGCCAAGGCGCGAAAGCGGAGCCACGGUCACGACCUGGGGAAGAGAGUGCUUCCGAGAAGCAGGCUGUGGAUCGCAAGGAUGAGAAACGUCCGGUGCUCGUGUCUCGCAAGCGACCGCGCGUCGCCGGGCUCCGUCGCGGGACUGCGAAAUGCCUGACCGCCCCUCCUCUCGCUCCCCAAAGCUCCCCUUCGGCAAAGGCGGAGGCGACCACGCAGGGCGAGGCUGCUGAGGAAGGAAAGCUGGCCGCCUCGGCGUCUCUUGAGAACGCGCGAACUGAAGGCCCCGGCAUGGAGAAGCAGACAUCUGCAGGGAGCGCUACGACAGCUCGCAAACAGAAGUCUGCGGAAAGCGUGACGGAGAACGAGGCCGCGAUCAACGAGAAGGAAAAGGGUGACGGGUCGGCACCUGUUGCGUCCACUUCGAAGCUGGAAAACGCACGCAAGACAGAGAAGGAAGAGAAGUCGUCACCGGCGAGGGGAAGAAGGGAGGCGGACGACGUGGAGAAAGCGAACGCCGCAAAGGCACGGGCUGAGAGAAGUUUGAUGGAGCGGCUGCAAGGAGGCAAAGCAGGGAAGCCCGCGCCGAAAACGGAGGAAAGCAAACGGCUGAUUUACCUGUGUGGCGAGCGGGCGGGAGUCCAGAAGAAGGGUAAAGAAACCUUCCAGGAAGUGCAGCGAAACGCCGAGACGCCUAGACUGGGUGUGCGCGAAGAGGCCGAGCAGAAGAAGUGGGGGCGCGGCACGGCGAGAGGCGCGAAAGCUCCGGUUGGACAGAGAGACAGAGACGCGACGGAGAAGGCAGCGAAGGCCACGGAGACCGCCGCCGAUGCACAGGUCGAAAAAGACGCGAAGAAGGCCGUGCGAGGCACAGGACAGACGCGCGAGUCUGAGAAGAAGAAAGCUAAACCAGAAGGGGAUCCACAGCACAGUAGAGACGAAAACAAAGCGGGCGAGGAGAGAAUGCACGGGACACACACCACUAGCACCGAGCGCACUGCGGGGAGCGCCGCGCAAGUCUCCGCCACUUCAAGAAAGUUGAAAAGGCAGCGCGGAGGGGAAACAGAAGGAACGGAAGGCACGGAGAAUAAUCUGAGCAAAAGAGGCAAAGUCGCUGGGCGGAGCGAGGGAGGAACCACAACGAAGAAAUUGAAAGCUCCCCGCUCAUCUCUUGCCGGCGAGAAAGCGAAGGGCGGCGGAGGCAGGGGCGAAGGAAACGUCAAGAAGGAGACAAAAUCAGGCAUUCUCAACAAGAAGGCAGACCCCACCAAAGGCAAGAGGCAGCUUGACACACGGCCGAAAGGCACAGCAGGAGGCAGAAAAGGCCCAAACCGCGAGGUGGCGGGCGAGGGAAUUCUCUCGUGCAGUGGGGGUACCAAAAAAGAUGCAGGAGAGGACCUGGCUUCCCUCUGUUGCCGCGUGUGCUGCAUGCUUCCUGACGCCUCGAUGCGCUUCGAGAGAAACCCCGAAGAUCUGGAAACCAUUACUCAUCUUGUGGUGCCCCAGGAUCAAGAGAGACCGACGCUGAAGGUUCUGUUCGUCCUCGCCACCGGCGGCCACGUCGUCAGCCCCCAGUUUGUCAAAACUGCAGACGCGAAAGAGACUUGGCCGCGCACUCCUUCCGCCUUUGAGAUCUACCACUUCCCAACGCGCCUCCACCGGAAGACCAUCCCUCCUCCUCUCAAAGGGAAACGCGUCGCUGUCGCGGGUGUCUUUCCGCGGGCGUGCGCCUCGAAGGGAACCAUGACGAAGGGUCUCCUCUGCCGGCUGAUUCAGCUCUGCGGGGGCGUUCUCCUGGAGCCGUCUGACCGCGUCCCGAGCAGUCCCGAGUUUCUCGUGUGCCCAGCAGAUUUCUGUGCGAAGCCUCUGGAGAAGCCCGAAAAAGCGCAGGGAAGGCACGGGAAAGACAGAGAAGGGACAGCAGCCGAGCCACCCGCUCCGGCAGUUUCCGUCGACGUCGUGACCGUUCACUGGAUUGUCGAGAGCAUUCGCACUUGGAAAAUGGAGCCUGUCGAGUUGCACAAUCACCCGCACGCCGGGGCGAUUCGGCGCCUCUUCGCCUUCUCUGCCCUCCCGCCCAGGGAGUUCAAAAGUGAGACAGGAGCACAGAAAGAAGAGAAGACAGAGGCGGACGCCGAAAAAGUUCAGGUGAAAGAAGGGGAGAAGGAAGCGAAGAAAGGCCAGGUGAAAGAAGCAAACUCAGGGCGACCGAAGGAGAAGGCCGUCCCAAAAAGGAGCGACGCGAAGAGCUCCGAUCGGCAAGCCGAGCAGGACGACGCAGAGAAGAACGCGGCACCGAUUCCGGGGCAAGACAGAAAGAGAGGCUGCGGUCAAAAGCAAGAGAAAGAAGGAAAAGGGGAGAAGGCGAGUGAAUCUCGAAAGGCUGUGAAGCACACACCUGCGGCAACAGGCCGUGCGAGGUCAGCAAGAGGGAAAGAUCAACGAGGAACUGAAGAAGGAAGAACCCGACAAAAGGUGACCAUUCAGGCGCAGCAAGGUAGCAGAGAGCAGGCUGCAGCGGAGAAGAAGAGCGGGAGCGACAGGCCUCCUCGCGCCCGUUCUGAUGGAAUCGCCGGGAACGCCGCGAAAGCGAAGCGGCAGGAAAGUGGGAAAAGGAAGGGCAUUGAAAAGGAAAAGGAGCAGAAACCGACAGGCGGUGAUGCGGAGAGGGUCAUAAAAGAGAAAACGACUGUCAAGGAGACUCCAGAAAGAGAACUGCAGCAGCGGGAAGACGAAGGUCUUUGGACGAAGGACGAAGAGCCGGAAGGAGGGGAGGCGCCGGUCGAAGGGGAAGUGAGGAAGAGAAGGAGAACAACUGGAGACAACGUGCCCAGAGAAGUUGAACAAAGUGAGAAAGCAGUCAGGGGAAGAGGAGCGAGGAAAACCGAGGAGAGGGCGGAGAAAGACGACGAGCGUGAAGAAGAGGAAGAGAGUGAAGAGGAAGACGACGAUGAAGAAGAGGAAGAGAGUGAAGAAGACUACUCGUGUAGCGAACAAGUUGAAGACGAAAGCGAAGAUGAGGAAGAAGACGCAGAAGAGUCGGGCGACGACGCAGAAGAGUCGGGCGACGACGCAGAGGAGUCGGAAGAAGAAACAGAAGAGUCGGAAGAGGAAGAAGCUGACAACGAUACGAGAUUCCGAGUCCGGAAACGAAACCGAAAGCUGUCGAGGAACGAGGGAGAUGGGAAGUCUGCUGCGAAAGAAAUGAAAACGAAACAACCUCCUGCUCCCGCUGCUUCCCUCACCUCGAAGUUUGGCGGGCGGCCGGCGUCAGAGUCCGCGCUUUGCAGUCAGAUGAAGAAAGGAGCACAAGACCCGGAAGGAGAGAACACAGAGAUGGAGCACGCACAGACGAUGGAGGAAGAACAGACGAUGGAGAAAGCGGAACUUGUUCUGUGGCGCGGUUCCGAGGGAGAAGGCGAACGACAGCACGAAGGGAGAGGCGUUCCAAAUCCGACAGAAUUGUCAGAGGAGGAGGAGCCAGAAAGCGACAGGACGGCUGUGCGCAAAGACAGAAAGGAAGAGGAUGCGACUGUGGAUAUCGCAAAAACUGUCUCGUCGGGAGGAAGCGAAGUUGCGGAGAGAGAAGCAACGCCACAGGAAGGCCCGCGCGAUUUCCCGCAAACCGAGGAAGCAACGCAGAGUGGAGAGGAACGCGCCGCACCGAAGGAGCACACAGAAAAAGGGGCAAACGCGCUCUCGGAUCGAGCCAGCGAGCGUCGGCGGGGCCUGCAUGCAGAAGAGCGAGAGGAGUCCCGUUUCUCGAACGGGAGUGGCGACACUGCCGCCGAAGCGAACGCGGCUGGGAGAGAGGAGAAUGGCCACGAGGAAGAUUGGCUGUUCGCCGACGGCGACGGAAACGGAAGCGAGUGCAGCGACGAAUUCGAACUGGGCCCUUCCCAACUUGCUCACUUCCACCUUGUCGACUUUGGCAGCAGUGACAGCGAGGACGGAGAGGAAGAAGCGGAAGGAGAGGAUGGAGAGGAAGAAGCGGGGGAAAGGACGGAUGUGGAGGAAGGACACGGCAGCGAGGGGCGCUCUGCGUUGGACGAGGAAGAACGAGAACGAGAAUUUGGACACGAUUUUGAGGCAGCCACUGAAUUAAGCAGCGACGGGGAAAAGGAAGAGCGGCCCAGUCGGUCUCCUUCCCCCGAGCCUUCGCGGGGACACACGUCUCUGCUCUUCUGUGCGUCGCAGUUGCAGAGAGACAAACUCUCGGAGAGCGUCGCACUUUUCUCGGAGUCACUGAACAGUCAGGCAGACGGCGAGCUAGCACACGCAAAAGCAUCCCAAGCCUUCUCGCCGAAAGACACGAGAGGCAGGGAACUCUGUGAAGAGGCCCUCUGGGACAACGACGAGAACGUCCGCCCCGGGAUUUGUAGGUAA